AUGGCAGCCAGCGAUUCCGGGACAGAUGAGUCAUUAUAUCCCAUCGCCGUCCUCAUCGACGAGCUCAAAAAUGAAGAUGUGCAAUUGCGUUUAAAUUCCAUUAAGAAGCUAUCCACCAUCGCUUUAGCUCUUGGAGUGGAGCGCACACGUUCCGAACUAAUUCCCUUUCUGACCGACACUAUUUAUGACGAAGAUGAAGUGCUGUUGGCCCUUGCAGAGCAACUCGGUAACUUCAUAAACCUCGUGGGGGGCGGUGAAUAUGCCCACUGUCUGGUCCCACCGCUGGAGUCGCUCGCCACCGUCGAGGAGACGGUGGUGCGCGACAAAGCGGUUGCCUCGCUCAGGGCAGUGGCUGCCCAUCACACACCCCAGGCCCUAGAGCAGCACUUCGUCCCGCUAGUGCAACGCCUGGCCAGCGGUGAUUGGUUCACGUCGAGGGCAUCUGCCUGCGGAUUGUUCAGCGUGUGCUACACGCGUGUGUCGGCGCCCGUUAAGGCGGAGCUGAGGCAGCACUUCCGCUCCCUCUGCCAGGAUGACACCCCAAUGGUGCGCAGAGCGGCCGCGUACAAAUUCGGCGAGUUUGCGCGCGUCGUCGAGGUGGAGUACGUGAAGAGCGACCUGAUACCGAUGUUCAUCAUGCUGGCCGAGGAUGAGCAAGACUCGGUGCGACUCCUGGCUGCGGAAGCCUGUGCCGCUGUGGCCGCUUUACUCCCUCCAGAAGACAUGGAGCAACUCGUGAUGCCCACCGUACGAGCGAGGUCGGGCGACACCUCUUGGAGAGUGCGUUAUAUGGUGGCCGAUAAAUUUGUGGAACUACAGCAGGCAGUUGGACCCGAGCUGGCUCGCACAGACUUGGCGCAAAUAUUCCAAGCACUUCUUAAGGACACAGAGUCGGAAGUACGCGCGGCUGCAGCUGGCAAAGUAAAGGACUUCUGUAUGAACCUGGACAAGGCCCACCAGGAGCACAUUAUAAUGACUAUGAUCCUGCCCCAGAUAAAGGACCUGGUGUGCGACCCCAACCAGCAUGUGAAAUCGGCCCUAGCGUCCGUCAUAAUGGGCCUGAGCCCCAUAGUGGGCAGACACAACACCAUCGAGUACCUGCUGCCGCUAUUCCUCACCCAGUUGAAGGACGACUGCCCCGAAGUGAGGCUGAACAUCAUCUCCAACUUGGAGUGCGUCAACGAAGUGAUCGGCAUACAGCAGUUGGUGCAAUCCCUGCUACCCGCUAUAGUAGAAUUAGCCGAGGACACCAAGUGGCGCGUGCGGCUGGCCAUCAUCGAGCACAUGCCGCUGCUCGCGGGCCAACUGGGCCAGGAGUUCUUCGACGAGAAGCUCACCGGCCUCUGCAUGUCCUGGCUCAUUGACCACGUCUACGCGAUCCGCGAGGCGGCCACGCUCAACCUCAAGAAGCUGGUGGAACAGUACGGAGCGCAAUGGGCGGAGACGAACGUGAUACCCAAAGUGAUGGCGAUGUCCCGCGAACAGAACUACCUGCACCGCAUGACGUACCUCUUCUGCAUAAACGUCCUGUCCGAAGUGUGCGGGAAGGACAUUACCACCAGAGUGCUCCUGCCCACGGUCCUCUCUAUGGCGGACGACAACGUGGCCAACGUGCGCUUCAACGUGGCGAAGACACUGCAGAAGAUGGCGCCGUACUUGGACCCGGCUGUGAUCCAGCCCCAAGUGAAGCCGGUGCUGGAGAAGCUCAACGUGGACCCGGACGUGGACGUGAAAUACUUCGCGUCCGAAGCGAUCGCCGGUAUCGCCGGC